CGAGUGUGUGCGGAGAAUCUAACAAAUGAGUUUGCAUUCAAACGUUCGACGGGAUUUUUCACGGCGAAGACAUGUAAGGAUGAAUUCGAUAGAAUAAUUUGCAGCGGUCACCCAGAGCAUUUUAUCAGGCAGAAGGGUGAGAAAUACUCACAGAAGGAAUUGAUAAAGGCAUGGAUUGUGUAUCUGCAGAAACAGGUGAAAUUGGAGUAUGCUCGACAAACCGAGAUGCUGUUGAUAAAAAUGCGCGAGAAGGCAGCGAUAUUCAAUCGGAUAUUUUCGGAGGAUAAUCCAUUGACAGAUGAGGAGAUAGCGAAGAGAUUGGAGGAGGCGAGGCUGGAGGAUAGUAAGCGAGAUCCAGAGGUAGUCAAAAGAGAGGUGGAAGCUGGGAUGGAGAAAAUCGCGGAAUUGCGGGCAUUACAUGAGGAGGAGCCAGAGAAAUACCCUCCGCUGCGAAUCGUAAUCCCCCCUUCACGACCCGUGCAGCCGUCCGAAUCGAGUCCUUCUGCGGCCCCGUUCUCGCCGAUAAAACCCCUCUUCGACGGGCUGAACUGGGACAAAGGUCAAGGGUCAUCUGGGGACGCGAAGGCAGCUGAGACCAGUGAGCCUAAGAGCAGUGGUGGUGACCUGAAAAGCCCGAAAAAUAUGGACGUCGUGCAAUCCGAGAUACUGGAGGAACCACAGGUACCUCAGGUGUCCGGUGCCGAGGCUGGGACAUCUGGAAUCGGGGCGGACGGUGAGAAAUUGGACGUGGAGGAGGAGGAGAACGAGGCGACAAAGAAAGCGGAGAGUGUAGGCGAAUCGGAGAGAGCGCAGACAGCUGAUGCAUCCGGACAAUCGGGACCGCCAGAGAUCCCGGAGAUACCGAGCUCCCGAACUAGUGGAGGCGACGGCGGUGGUAUGAGCCUGAGGUCGAUGAGUCCGAAGAAAUUGGUGAGAGAGGCUGAAAUUGAUGAGUGUCAGAGUGGCAUUGGCCAGUCGGGUGGCACGAUAGAGGUGACGGAGGAGGUCAAAGGUCAGCCGAGUGACGGAGGGCAAAGGUCAGAGGUCAAGGAAGAUGAGCCGGUCACGUCAUCCGAUGGAGCUGCUGGGGUGGUGUCUAGUAUAAAAAAGGAGCAAAAGUCAGGUGCGGCGGGUGAGAAGGGUUCGGUGGAGGAUCGUAGCGUGGCAAUUGCAGACUCGACUGUUCAGGAGGGAAAGGUCGCCACAAACUCUGUGGAGAAAAUACCCGCGGGUUCGCCACGAGGGUUAACGGAAGGACAAGAGAAGUCGACGGGUGAGGUGCAGAUGGCCAGAGUGAAACUGGAAGCUGAGGACGUGGAGGGGGGCUCGAUGGAGGGGGAUGGGAUUGGAAGGGGGGAUGAGAUGUCGAGUAGUGAGACCAAGACUGAGCCAACAGUGCAGGAGUCGACAACUAGGUCGGGUAGAAGCGUGGGCGAGGGUAGGGGUGGGGAUGAGAGGCAUACGCAGGCAGGGGGUGAGAGGAGACAACUGAGGAAUCAGAAUAGGGGUGAGGCAUCGACAAGUGCAAUGGGUCGUACGGGCAGUAGGGCUGUGCGGAUGUCUCCGAGAAAGGCAUCCGCUGAUAUUGGACUGAAAGGCGAUACGGAUCAGUCGAAAGGGCAGGUGCAUACACCUGAAUUGAGAAGUCGUAAGAGUUCGGCAAGCGGAGGGCCAAGCGCCGAGGCUGGAGAUGGACCCCCAUCGCAGUCGUUGAGAAGCAGGCGAGGGGCGGAGAAAGCCGACGACGGGGAGGAGCCAGUGGUGACGAGGCGAGUGCUGAUUGAGCGUCGUCGUGUAAACGAGUCGUCCGUAACGCCGCUAAGAUUGAGCGAAUUAGCCCCGCCCACAAGGCGGAAACGCACGCAUGACGGCGAUGAGAGCGCGUCAGUGGGCGGAGUUAGCGGGCAGGAUUCAGAAGGAGGGGGCGGGACUAAAGAAGCGACAACGAAAAGAAGAAAAUUAUCGCUGCGGGACCCAUCUACAACAGCGACUAAUACAGAAUCGAGUGAGAAGCAUUCGGAUGGCUCAAAAAUAGUCGAAACGCAUAUAGAGAUACAGUCGAGUCCGGAACCGGAGGGAGGGGAGAGUACAAAGGGGACGAAGGGGCGAACCGAGGAGGUAGCAGAGAAACCAGCGCAGCAGACAGUGGGCAGACGAGGUUCGUUGCGAAGUGCCGGCGGAGUUAAAGAGGUGGAGUCGAGGAGGGAGGAGAGGGCGAACGCGGGGGGAAUGGUGAGGACGAGGGCGUCCGAUGGAAUGCCGCCGUCGGCGCACCCGCGCGCGUCAGCAUCGGCCAUAUUAGAGUCAGAUGAGGAGGAGAACGACGACGAAGAGGAGAAUAAACCGCUGGGUGACAUCCGAAGUCGACCUAGACGCGAGGUACCAUCUUCUGGAGUGGAUACGGUCACGACUCCAAGAAGCACGAGGUCGGAGAGUUCAAGACAUCCGAUGGGGUCAUCGAGGCGUAGGUCGAGGAGGGAUGAACUGGAUGAGACGACGAUCGAACAGAAAGCCUUUAUGACAUCGGUUUGGAGAAUGGUAUCGAGUCACCGGCACGCAGCCAUAUUCGCUCAACCUGUAUCGGAUAGUAUUGCGAGGGGAUAUUCGAAGGUGGUGAAGAAUCGAAUGGAUCUGCAAACGUUGAAGAAGCAGGUGGAUUCGGGCAGAAUAGCCGAUAUGUUGGAUUUUAAGAGGAGGUUGUUGUUGAUGUUUGCGAAUGCGGUGAUGUUUAAUAGCACGGGACAUGACGUGAAUAAUUACGCGAAGGAGAUGGCUGAUGACUCGUUGAAUGCGUUGAGGACAAUGCAAAAAGAUAUUUUGAAUAUGAAAGAAGGCGCACAUGUGACGAGGCGUGCGGCAGCUGCUGAAGAGGCAUCUCUGGAACGUCGUAGACGAUCCGCCUAUCUGAGCGCCUUAACACCGUCGACGUCCACAGAGAAGCUCGACUCGAGCGGUAAGGACACGCAUUCGGCAGAGAAA